GCGAAGAGCCCUCCAUAGACUGCAAGACAUGUUGGGGGUUGUGGAGAAAAACAUGUUGGCUCUACAAACUAACUGUUCCUCAGUCUCUGAGGAGGUGGACGAGAUCUACAGACGCCUCACCAAGGCCCUCAAAGACCGAACUGAGUAUUUGAGGGGUGAGGUGGAUAGAUACCUCUCAACUGAGCUGCGCAACCUGGACACACUAAAACAGAACCUGGAGCAGGAGAUCUCCAACAUCGGGGCCAACUGUGACCUGGCCGACAAGCACAUGCAGAGCGACGGCGUCCUCGUCGAGUGGGACGACCAGGAGCUCAUGGACGCCAAGGAGAUUUUCCUCAAGACGGUCGACUUCAUCCGAAACUUUGAGUGCGAUACUACUACUGACUACAACCGGAGGGUACGUUUUGUGAUGGCGCACGACCCAAACCAACUAGUGAUGCACCUGGCGGGCUACGGGGAGCUGUCCAUCAAUAUGCCUCAUCAGCCAUUUGUCAACAUGGGUGGAACUACCAAUCCCUCCAACAACAUGCUACAACCACCUGGACCUGGGCUCAUGCGGUCCAAGAGUGACCACAGAUUAGCCCAAUACCGUCAACAGGAGGAGAGAGGUUGUUACGAGGGGGUGGAACCCGGCACGGUGUCACCCCUGGGAGGCCGCAAGUUCGGUGAACGCUAUGCUCAGAGAGGAGGGACCGGAGGAGGAGGAGGUGGUGGAGAGCGGUACGGAGAAGGAGGAGGAGGAAGAUAUGGCCGAGGAGGCGAUUAUGGAGGGGAUUAUGGAGACACCGGAUACGACGCGGACAGUUCACGGACGUCUGCACGGUCACGGCUGAGAUCACGGUUCGGAAGACACGGAGGCACGGACCAGGAUUCCGAUAACGAUACUACUACUACUAGUGGACGAUCUGUCAGAUUCAGCGAAUCCAACCCACAACCGCCAGCCCAACGGGAACGCGAACGAGUGCUAGACACUGAGGACGCCUCCAAGGGGCCCCUCUCGGGCAUCACCCGGCUCUACGACUCUCCCAGGGUCAUGAAGCGCAUCCAGGAGUCACAACAACCCAAGAAGGAGCCGACAACAACUCAACAACCGCCCAAUGCUCAACAACAACAACAGAAGCAACAACAGACCAAGAAGACUCCACCUGGAGCCCAACGCCAGGUCAGUGAAGAGGACGAGAUCACCAAAAUCAAACGUCUGAUGAAAAAUGCCCCCGGUGAACCCCGGGACUCGGCGGCUGCUACCAUCCCAGAGAGACCAGGCCAAGAGAGGGUCACUGCUCUCAAGAGAGGAGGAGGCAAACAGCAAGCAGUGAAGAAGAGGAGGAAGAAGAAGAUGACGUCUCAGCCCUUCAACAGCAGCAGAGGAAAACCCCUUCCACCCCUACCCGAUCAACCCCUGUCUCCUCAACCCCUGCGUCUAGGAAAUCUUCAGUCUCAUCUGAGACCUCUUCCACUGCAAGCCCUCCAUUGGUACAGCCUAGAAACACUGGAGCUGCCUACACCACAGAAGAAGUGAAACAAAUGAUUUUGUCAAAAAGCGGUGCUAACGACCAGUCUUGCUCUACGGCUGUGAAGCCUGAACCUUCAAACGCUUCUUCAUCUUCAUCAUCAUCUGAGCAAUCCACUGAGAAAAAGCCGUUUCAUAGUCGCUUUCUAGCAGCACGUCAACAACAAGCAGUGACGUCAUCACAGAAACCAGCAGCGGCUACUUCUUCGAAAGAGGAGGAGGAGGAGGACGAUGAGGAGGAGGAGGAGAGUGAAACAAGCUCUGAAAGUGAGGAGACAGAUUCUGAGGAGGAGUCUGCAAACGAUGCCAAGCCUUCAUCGACAUCCUCCUCAACAGCCGCUUCCUCCACAGCGACGACCUCCUCAGCCAAACCGAUGUCCCCCAUGGAGAAGACAGACAUCGGACCACUGUUGGCUAGGAGUGCACAGGCCAGGGAUACGGGUGGUGGAGGAGGAGGGGGAGGGGGUUCAAGUACUAGGAGGAACUCGAGAGACGAUAACUACUCGUCAAGAUACGGUACCUCAGACUACCCCUCCACGACUAACAGCUACCUGAACCGGACACGCAGCGGGGAGGAACCGGAAGUGGCAGCGACCGGAACCGGAAGUAGGUACGGGUCGACCGGAAGUGGGUUCACCAGCCGGUUCCUGAACAAGAGCAAGAGUACGGCGGCGGUUUCGCCUGAAGACGAGGAACCGCCUAGACGGUUCUCGACCGCUGGCAACACAGCUGAGGAUAGCAGAUAUCCCACUAGUGCUAGGGCUAGGUUUGCUGCCCUAAAGGAGCGCAAAUCCCGCCUCGCCCGCAGCAAAUCCUCUCACAGCUUCGGAGGCACGGGUGACGAUGAUGAGGAUGACGUCACUGGAGGCACAGAAGACCCCAGCCUCCAAUCACCAUCGGCCUACUAUGCCAGCAAGUAUGGCAGCCAGGCAAGUGGCCAGGCAAGUAGUGGGGGAAGCGAGCUGGCACGAAGUCGCAGUACGCAUGCGCUGAAAUCGCGGGAAAGUUCACCAGAACGGAGUACAGUCAAGCCGAGUUACAACUCUUAUAACUCAGGCACAACAUCUGGGCCUGGAGGACCAAAUGAGAAAGAUGGAGCAGCGCUGAGCUCUUGGGCACGCUAUCUGAAAAACAAAUAUGGCAACCGAGGCUCGGGUGGAGUGGGGGGUAAAUCGGAGGGUGCCGGGGGCCGAGAAGGGGGCUCAGCCUCCUCACUGAGUGGAGGAGGAGGGAGCAGUUCAAAUGCAUCAAGGCGCCUGUCACUAGGUUUGCCACUGAGGAGUGGAGGGUCCAUCGAUAAUUCUGAUGAUGACCAAAAAAACCUGUCCGGCUCCCCCAGCUCUCCUAUACAGGGUAUAGUCCCUCCAGCAGGUUUCGCAGCAGCCGGUACUAGCCCCAGCAGCGUGUACCUGGCCAAGCGUCGCCAGCUGUUUAGUGUGGGAGCGAGGGGGAGCGAGGCCGGAUGCUUCACCUGGCCACGUGGCAUCGCAGUGGCACCCGACAACCACAUCGUCGUCGCCGACUCGUCCAACCAUCGUGUCCAGGUUUUCGACUCUAACGGAAUUUUCCAGAAAGAGUUCGGUCAAUACGGUAACGGAGAGGGAGAAUUUGAUUGUCUAGCAGGAGUGGCUGUCAACCGUAUUGGUCAAUUCAUUAUUGCCGAUAGAUAUAACCAUAGAAUACAGGUUUUUGACCCGGCAGGUAGAUUCCUACGUACAUUUGGAAGCCAGGGUACUGCUGAUGGCAGAUUCAACUACCCUUGGGGUAUCACCACUGACGCCCUCGGCUUCAUUUACGUGUGUGACAAGGAGAACCAUCGUGUCCAGGUGUUCCAGUCAGACGGCACCAUAGUGGGCAAAUUCGGGUCGCACGGCAGCAAGCCGGGCCAGCUCGAGCACCCGCACUACAUCGCAGUCAGCAACACCAACCGAGUCAUCGUCUCGGACUCCAACAAUCACCGAAUACAGAUUUUCGACGUCAACGGCCGCGUGCUCUCCACUUUCGGCCAGGAAGGAUCUGACAACGGCCAGUUCAAGUUCCCCAGAGGUGUAGCAGUGGACGACCAAGGAUACAUAGUGGUGGGGGAUUCGGGCAACAACCGGAUCCAGAUCUUCAGUCCCGACGGCACCUUUGUGCGGGCGUUCGGCUGCUGGGGGUCCGGCCAGGCCGAGUUCAAGGGCCUCGAGGGGGUCGCCGUCAUGUCCAAUCAGAACAUCCUCGCCUGCGACAGAGAGAACCAUCGCGUACAGGUCUUCUAACAUCUAACAACAGGAACCAGAUCUCGUCGGAAUAUAGUCAAUUUGAUUCAGUUGAAUUAAAAAUGGCAAAAAUUGAAGCAACCGUAAGGCGACCCUACACUCUCUCCAGACAGAACUCGUUGGAAAAAUCAUCAAACACUCAAAUUAUGUUAAGAAGGUUUUCUGUCUCUUGAAAUUUUGUUAAUUUAUAGUUGAAAAUUGUGAACAGUUCAUAGAAUACGUCGAAAAAUUGCAAGAAAAUAGAUCCACGCAGAGAAAACUGGAAUUCAAGUUAUGUUUAAAAGGUUUUCUAUUGUUAUUUUAUUGUUGAAGAGUUGUGAAGAAUUCCUUGAAUACAUCUUGAAAUGUUAUUGUUAAAAAAUGGGGAAAUUUUUUUGGAAUACUUUGAAAGUUUUUAGAAAAUCCCGAAAAGUGGAAACAAGAUGAAAAUUGUCGAAAAUUUACAUAAAGUAAAAAGACCAUCUCUGGAAACAGCAACUCAAAUUAGCGAUCAUUUUGGAGGUUGACUGUCUCUUAAAAUGUAGUUAAUUUUUUGAGAAAUUGUGAGGAAUCUAUAGAAGAUAUAGAAGAAGAAUAGCUUUAGGGCAUAUUCAAUGUUGAAAUCGUAUUGAUUUUUUUAUGUAAUAUUGUAUUUUUCUUUUUCAAUAAAUUCCCAAUAUACGUUGAUUUUAAUGUUCGGGGAAUUGCAAAUAAAUCUAUAAAAACGUUGAACGUUAAGGAGAAUUGCAAAAAGUCAAAACUGAGCAAAAAUUUCUGGAAAAAUCUUCUAGUUAGCUAUAAAUUCACGUUAAGUAGGCAGGUUUUUACUUUCCUAGAAUGUUGACCAGUGAAAAUAUGAAAAUCAAUAGCAUAUCCACGUCCAGAAAUCGCAAAGAAUCAAAACGAACGAGAAUAUAUUUCAUUCCAAAAUAAAU